AUGAAUCAACAAGAAAAUAAAACGUUAGGAAAAGAAAGUGAUGGAGAAUUAGUUGUUAAAAGUAAAAAUUAUAAUAAUAAUUCAAUAUUUAAUAACAAUGACCAAAGGAAAAGAAGGGAAAUCACUCAAUUGGAACAAUUAAAAGGAGUUAGAAAAUUUAUUUCAGCUGGGAAGUAUAUUUUUAACAACAUUACUAUGGAAGGAGAAUUAAUUGAAAUCAAUAGUAACAAUGUACCUUCUUCUCAGUAUAUGGUAUCUAGAAAUGUUCUAAAUGAAAAAAAAAACAAUCAAAAUUUGAAAAUACUUACUAAAAAAGUAGUGCAAAAAGAUAAUAACUCAAAUUUUAAAAUGAAAUGUAUUAUAUUAAUAUGA